AUGUCAAUGACCUUGAAAAAUACGGAUGCAAAGUUUAUCUACGAUGCAGUUGAUGUAUUUCAUAAGUCCCAAUGGAAAGAAUUUUCUAGAUUGAAACUAGGUUUGAACGACAGAGAAAUCAAAAAACUACAAGCUGAUCAUGAAGGGGAUUCUAAAGAGCUCAAGUAUGAAACAGUUAAACAUUGGAAGAGCACAACUGGAGAAAAUCUGGACAAAUUGACCGCUCUAAAACAGGAAUAUUUUUUCAGCAAAUCAGAAACGAAUUUCUCAAAACUGGUAGAGGCACAAGAUGAUCUUGAUGGCGGAAAGAGACGAGAUGAGUUCAGUUAUCCAUUAAAAAACGGAAAAGGUAUUGCACUCAUUAUAAGCAAUUCUUUUGCUGGCACUGAAUAUUCCAGAGAACCUGGAUGUAGUAGAGAUUUGGAAAACAUGGAAAAAUUGUGGCGCAAAACCUUGGGAUGUAAACUAGUGGACAGGGAAGCUCAUCGCGAUAAAACGGCUGAUGAAAUGAGAAAAUUGUUGGAAAAAGUCGCGAAAGCAAAAAAAUUCGAUUAUGCCGUUGUCAUUAUAAGUACGCAUGGAGGAUACGUCCCAAUGGAAGAACAGAGAAAUGAUAAAUAUCAAGAAACAAAGCUAAUAAAAUAUGAAGAAAUCCUAUAUGGAGAAGACUUGGGCAAAUUAAGAGCUAAUGAACUUCAAAAAAUCUUGGGCAAUAAAGAAGCUCAACACUUGAGAGAUAUACCGAAAUUGCUAAUUCUCCAAUACUGCAGGGGAGAAAAGAUUGAUAAAGGAGUUCCUAAAGUUAGUACUGAUGCAAUUGGAUUUUCAGAUCACCAAAAAACUGAAGAGCUUUAUCCUGUGGAUCCUCUUAUGCCCGAGAUGAGUGAUAUCAUUACUGUAUAUGCAACUCAUCAAGACUUCGCUGCUCUCAGGCAUGAUGAAGGUUCCUGGAUGAUCGAGGAUAUUGCUGAUGUGUUCGGAAAGUACUACAAGACAAAGCAUGUCACUGAUAUGCUUACAAUCGUGAAUAACCGGAUGAAAAACAGGAGGGGAAGCACGAAAGGAGGGGGGGAUUGUAAGGCAAUGAGCAUCUAUGAGUCCAGUCUCACCAAAGAUUUCUAUUUGGUUCAAUAA